AUGCCUCGGCCUCUAUCUCCACAUCCAACUCCCCCAGUGGGUCUUGCUGCCCUCCGCUCUGCAGCUCCUCCUGCCCUCCACUCUGCAGCUGCUGCUGCUCUCCACUCCGCAGCUCUUGCUGCUCUCGGCUCUGCAGCUCCUGCUGCCCUCCACUCUGCAGCAGCUGCUGAUCUCCUCUUUGCAGCUGCCGCUGCCCUCCGCUCUGCAGCUCCUGCUGCCUUCCGCUCUGCAGCUGCUGCUGCCCUCCCCUCUGCAGCAGUUGCUGCUGCCCUCCGCUCUGCAGCUGCUGCUGCCCUCCCCUCUGCAGCUGUAGCAGUUUG